AUGGUAGAACUGCAGGAGCGGAUCCAAUUACGAUUGAGCUGCAAGCAAGUUGGGAAGGAGAUUUACCAAGCCGCGGAGAGCAGAAAAUUAUUCGAACUCCCCAAUUAUUCCGAAACCUUCCAUCUCCCAUUUCUCAAGGCAAAGAUUAAUGAGGCAUUGCGGUUACAUCCUGGCGUUAGAUGCAAUGUGCCUCAGGUCUUCGGUAAGAAUGGGAUUAAGUGA